CCAAACUCUUCUUCUCCCGUACGCGGUGUCAUGUCGGUGCGCCUCUCGCGCAUCGCUGUCGCCUCCUCGCAUGGCGCUUAACUGAAGAAUCGCCGGCGGUGUUCGCGGCGUCGUGUUACAUCUCGUACUUAGAUCUCGGAACCUCUUGGCGUGCCGCGGUCGCGUCGUGACGCCGUCGUGCGAUGUCGGGAGAUCGAGGGCAACCGUGAACUCCGAUAUCGAGAGCCGAUAUCUCCUGCAACAGAGUGCGAUUCAAGGUCUACGGAAAGUCUUCUCUCGAGGAGAAAUUAUGAAGACAGAAGUCGAAGACACGAGCGGUGACGGAGCGUGCGACGGCGGCAUCGGCGGAUCCAAUCUCGCCUGUCCCGAGGGCACCAGCGGCCUGGUCGUCGGUCCGGAAACGUCACCCGGUGUAAUGGAGUGCGGUGGAUGCGGCGAGCGCGUACGAGAGCGGACCGUCCUUUGCGUGGGUGGACGUACGUGGCACUCCAGGUGCCUGAGGUGUUGCGCCUGUGCCAGGCCGUUGCACGAUCAGCACUCUUGCUUCUUGAGAGGCAUGCGGCUCUACUGCAGGCACGACUAUGCCCUAGCUUUCGGCGCAAAGUGCGCAAAAUGCGGACGCAGCGUGGGCGCCGGGGAUUGGGUGAGAAGGGCCAGAGAAAGGGUUUAUCAUCUGGCCUGCUUCGCGUGCGACGCUUGCUCGCGUCAGCUGUCGACCGGCGAGCAGUUCGCUCUCGUGGACGCCCGAUUGCUUUGCAAGGCACACUAUCUCGACGUCGUCGAAGGCAACAAUACGUCCUCCGAUGAAGGCGGUGACUCCGAGAGUGGCCACAAGGGCGGUAACAAGGCGAAGAGGGUGAGGACGACUUUUACCGAGGAGCAGCUCUCCGUCCUACAAGCGAAUUUUCAAUUGGACAGCAAUCCCGACGGCCAGGACCUCGAAAGGAUAGCACACGUAACCGGGCUCAGCAAGAGGGUGACGCAAGUGUGGUUCCAGAAUUCGAGAGCGAGGCAGAAGAAGCACCUUCACACGGGCAAGAUGAAAGGACAGCACGGUAAGCUAUAUCGCGCGCUAAACACAUUUCUAAUCUCUCCUCUCUCUCUCUCUCUCUCUCUCUCCAUUCUAUCCUCUCUUUAUCCAAUUCCCCCUCCCCUCGCCCCGCUCUCUCCUCCCCAUCUUGAAAAAAUUGUCACAAUCAUGACUGCGUUUAACGAUAAUAAUUGUAAUUAUAAUGAGAGCGUCGAAGAUAGGAAUUUUUACAGUUCAUCAGUCGCCACCAAACUCCACCGCGUCGCCCAACGAUUUCAGUCGUCACAUCAACUUACAUCUAACGUACUCGUUUCAACAUCAGCAACAGCAUCAGCAGCAACAACAGCCGCAGCUUAGCCCGGCCACGUGUAAGAGUCCCACGGGUUCCAUUUAUCACAAUCACGGAUCAGAACAGUCGAUGGACGAGCUCUCGCAAGAUUCGAUGCUGCUGUCCAUGCCGAACGAGGUUUAAUGACACCGGCGAAUCGACAUAUUGUAAAUAUAAACACGUAUCGAUUUAAAAGUGUCAGAGGUAUGGGGUACU